AUGAAAGGUGGGAGAACCGCUCGAAAUUUCAGAGUCCUAAUUGGCCUCUAUGUUGGCAGAGUGUCACCAGUGGCCGGAGCUUCAUACAGUGGCUUCUAUGUUGGCAGAGUGUCACCAGUGGCCGGUGCUUCAUACAGCGGCUUCUAUGUUGGCAGAGUGUCACCAGUGACCGGAGCUUCGCACAGCGGCCUCUAUGUUGGCAGAGUGUCACCAGUGGCCAGAGCUUCAUACAGCGGCUUCUAUGUUGGCAGAGUGUCACCAGUGGCCGGAGCUUCACACAGCGGCUUCUAUGUUGGCAGAGUGUCACCGGUGGCCGGAGCUUCACACAGCGGCCUCUAUGUUGGCAGAGUGUCACCAGUGGCCAGAGCUUCAUACAGCGGCAUCUAUGUGGGCAGUGUGUCACCAGUGGCCGGAGCUUCACACAGCGGCUUCUAUGUCGGCAGAGUGUCACCAGUGGCCGGAGCUUCACACAGCGGCUUCUAUGUUGGCAGAGUGUCACCAGUGGCCGCAGAGCGCUCCGGGCAAGCCUGA